UACCCUUCUUCUCGCAGCCAGCGCUGCAGCGUUAACUUCUUGCAACUUCAGCCCGAAUUAUAUUUAUAGAAUAUUAGCGGAGAGAGAGGAAUCAAGCAGAAGAACUUGUGCACGAACAGCUGCUACAUGACGUUUCAGAAAGUGUGGACAAUUUACACAAAAAGGAGAAAGGCAAGAGGAGGAAGGCAAAAACCAUCAAGACCAGCUCAAGUCAAGAUCAGACUUCUCAGGAUGUUCCCUGUACCAGUGAGGCUGAUGUCCUCAGCGUUGCAGAGGAACCUGGUCAUGCUGAAGUCGAUGACGAGUGGAGCGAAGACGCCUUCCAGGACUUAGUGGGAGAUUUGUCGGAAUGGGGUGCCGACAUCCUCAACUCUUUGAGCUCUGUCUUGAUUGUUGACGUCCUCCAAGCUACGAUCUGUGCCACAUCUGACUAUAGAGUUCCAGUCCUAGAUGUGGCCUCCUAUAGAGCCAACGUCCGUCGAGUUCCUGUCCGAGAUGUGGCAGACUGGAGUGUGGACGUCCCCCAGGUCCCAGUCAGCACCACAUCAGCUCCAGGCUUGGAAAUGGCUGACUGUUGUGUUGAUGUCCCUCCAGUUACAGUCUGUGCCACGUCAGACUUGGAAGAUGAUGUCCUUCCAGACUGGGAAGAUGAUGUCCCUCCAGUUACAGUCUGUGCCACGUCAGCUCCAGGCUUGGAAAUGGCUGACUGUUGUGUUGAUGUCCCUCCAGUUCCAGUCUGUGCCACGUCAGACUGGGAAGAUGAUGUCCCCCAUGCCGGACCAACAGGGGACACUGUAUCUGAGAAUGAGAUUAUCUACGUCGGUUGCUGGAGCUAUGAAGUCGGCAGGAAGCUCGGUGAAGGCGGCUUUGGAAGCGUUUAUGCUGGGACUCGCUUGAAAGAUGGCCUUAAGGUGGCGCUGAAAUUCGCUGAUACCGUGGGUAUUGAGUGGAUCGACAUUGAGGAUAAUCCUGAACCCGUUCCACUGGAGAUCGGUCUGCUAAUUCUCGCCAACAAAGGCCCCAGGGUUCCCGAGAUCAUCCAGCUGCUGGACUGGGACGAAGAGCCAAAUCGUUACAUCAUGGUUCUAGAGUUCCCUACACCCUGUGAGAGCUUGAUCGAAUAUCUAGACCGGCACGACUACUACAUCGAAGAGAACGUGGCAAAGGUCAUUAUGCAUCAGGCAGCAGUUGCAGCUCAAACAUGCUGCCAACGUGGAGUGUUGCAUCGCGACAUCAAGCUGGAAAACCUCCUGAUCAACCCGGAUACCCUGGAUGUCAAAUUGAUUGACUUUGGAUGCGGCGAAAUCCUGACCGACGCGGGAUACACGUCCUUUGCUGGCACAGAAGAGUACUGCCCCCCUGAGUAUAACUUAUUCGGCUUGUAUCACGGGAAACCUGCGACGGUGUGGUCACUCGGGGUACUCAUGUUUACACUGGUGUGUGGGGAAUUUCCAACGUCAGAUGACUUGGAUAUGCUAAAUUACAACAUCUGGACAAGAGAUGGCGUAUCACAAGAAUGCUGCCAAUUACUUUGCUCUCUCCUGCAAAGACACCCAUCGAAGCGGCUUAAAUUGGAUGUUGUCUGUCUCCACAAGUGGUUUAAGUACUUCAUAUAUAGAUUUUAUGAAGAAAGAUCAGAAGACCUUCUACAGAAUGACUUGCCACCCGACUGGGGAGAUGAUGUUCCUCCAGUUCCAGUCUGUGCCACGUCAGACUGGGGAGAUGAUUGAUGUCCCCCAUGCCGGACCGACAGGGGACACUGUAUCUGAGAAUGAGAUUAUUUACGUCGGUUGCUGGAGCUAUGAAGUCGGCAGGAAGCUCGGUAAGAUGCUGAUCUACCUCAAAGUGUCAGGGAUCGGAAGACACAGACUGGAUGAUAGGAAUCGGUAGGCAGGCUGAAGAGGGAAUCCAGAGGAACGGGAACAGGACUGAAGAUGAACGAUCAGGUGAAGGACUGGAAUCAGGUAGGUAUCAGGCCAGUAGCGUAGUAGGAGUCUGAGGUCGGAUCUAUCGACGAGACCAGACAAUGAAGAAAUGAACGGGUGAGUCUUUUAUGGUGCUGGUGAAUGAGACGGGGAUUGAGUGCAGGUGGUGGUGACAGGUGAUGGGCUGCAUCCGAAACCGCAUACUUCCCUACUAAAUAGUAUGGGAAAAAGAGUAGGCGAGCGAAAAGUAUGUACGAAUCAUAAAUGAGUAGGCGAGAAUUAUCUAGGUGACGUAGGCCUACUAAUUAUCGCGAGAUUUGGACGUACGCACAUAGUGCGUCCGAAUAUGGCUACUUUCUAUACAAAUCAAACAAACAAAUCUAUAAAGUAACUAAACAUGUUAUAUUUCAUUUGUCCCUUAUUAGUGUUGAUAUAUCGAGGAACAUUUAAGUUGGAUUAAAAGUGAGUUAACACAUCAACCUCAGCAUGUAAAUGCAGUGUUGAGCAGUGUAUGUUACAGGGACAGAAGAAGACGCGUGUGUUUAUCCGGUGGAGAGAGGCUCGUGAUGCUGAAUGCUGUCAUGAAAGGCUUUGAGUGAGUAUACUACAGAAAUGGAUAACAAAAUCUGUUAAAUCUUAAGUUGUAGUUUAUUUGAAUUAUUGUAAAUUCAAGUAGAGAAAUUACAACACUUUUUCUGAUUCUUGAUUUCUGUGCAUUUGCUGCCGAGCUUUUGUGGUGGAGCAGGACCUGCAAGGAAAGAUGAUGGCAGCAUUUGUUUUAGGGAUUUUACUCAAAUAUAAAGUUUCAAAUUUUUAAUAGAUAAAUCAAAUGACAUUGUGUGUUAAAAUGACUGCUUUUGUAUAAUGUUUGUGCAUUUUUGUAGUAUCUGAAAUGUCUGCAGACUGGUGUGAGCACUGAGGAUGAGGAGCCCAGAGGUGCAUCCUGGAAGUGGUGCCAUGGACACCUCAUGGAUGAGGUGCCAUCUCUCCACCUGCCCUUACGAGACCCUCCAUCUCUCCACCUGCCCUUAUUGCCUCAGAUUGUGAAGUGCAGCGCAGCGCAGUAACAAGCUCUGGGACGAAGGCCUCUGGUGAAUUCAUCAGAAUGGGAACUGAUGGAUGUGGUGUUCAGCGCCUGUAAAUACAUGCUUGUAGUUUGAAUAAAGCUUUGUUUCAUGUGUUGU